AUGAAUCGUAUUUUUGGCAAAGGAAAAGCCAAGGGUCCUCCCCCAAACCUCGGAGACUGUAUUGGAAGCGUUGAUUCUCGAGCAGAAUCGGUUGACAAAAAAAUAGCCAGACUAGACGCUGAACUUGUCAAGUACAAGGAUCAGAUGAAGAAAAUGAGAGAUGGGCCUUCGAAGAACAUGGUGAAACAAAAAGCAUUGAGAGUUCUAAAGCAGAAAAGAAUGUACGAAAGCCAACGAGAUAAUCUAAUGCAGCAAUCCUUCAACAUGGAACAAACAAACUACACAAUUCAGUCCCUGAAAGACACUAAAACUACUGUCGAUGCUAUGAAAGUUGGCCUCAAAGACAUGAAGAAGGCGUAUAAGCACGUUAAGAUUGACCAAAUUGAGGACCUUCAAGACCAACUCGGGGACAUGAUGGAAGACGCCAGUGAGAUUCAGGACGCUCUGGGCCGGAGCUACGGCACCCCUGAGAUUGAUGACGAUGAUCUGGAAGCAGAAUUGGAUGCAUUAGGAGAUGAACUGUUGAUGGAUGAUGACAGCUCUUAUCUGGAUGAAGCUUCGACAGCUCCUUCAAUUCCAGAGGGUCUUCCUGGUGACAAGGUCAACAACAGGGAUGGUGUUCUUGUGGACGAGUUUGGCCUCCCUCAGAUCCCCGCUUAA